CCUCUCUCCCUCUUCUUCCUCCCCCACUCUCUCUCUCUCUCGAGCUCGAGCUCGAACACUUCCACCCCAAGAAGAGGAGAGGAGGGGAGGAGGAGAAGAAAAAUCCUUGGAAAGAAGCAUGACGACGCUGGGGAAGAGGCACAGGAACAACAGCUCGAUGCGGCGGACGACGAGCAUGUCGGGGUUCGCGGUGGCGGAGGAGGAGGAGCAGCAGGGGAGGCAGCCGCCGGCGCGGGCGGCGAGGGGCGGCGGAGGUGGUGGCUCGGCGGCGCCCUCGCCCGGGUGGGGCGCCAUGCAGAGGAGGCACUCCGGCGACUUCGCCGUGGCGGAGACGGCGGCGUUCCUCAAGGCGUGCGGCAUCUGCAACCGCCGCCUCGGCCCCGGCCGCGACACCUUCAUUUACAUGGGUGAAGUGGCCUUCUGCAGCCAUGAGUGCAGGCAACAGCAGAUGAACCUGGAUGAGCUCAACGAGAAGAAAUGCUUCCAGCGGGAAGGCGGCGGCGGCUCUGACAAGUCCGGCAACAGCGGCGCCGUAGCCGCCGCCUAGCAUCGCCGGAGUAGGGAAAAAAUUAUGAAAAAAAAAUGGAGAAAUUUUGGCAUCCUUACAGGAAACCAAAUAUAUCUAUAUAUGUGGUGUAACUGUGUAUAUUGGUGGCUCAGGAUAAUUAUGAGCCAAAGGGGGAGGGAAUUAUGUAGAGAUUGGAAUUGGGCUAGCUAAAAGUUUUCGGAUUGCAAUGCAUCUGGAGCAAGAUUAGGCCGUGGGAUUUGGAGCUGUUUUGAGAACUUUAUGAAGGAUGAACUUAAGUUCUCCAGAUUGUUGGAAAAUGUGCACCACCCUUCUUGAAUUUUUGAAUUACUUCUUGCAGUUAA